AUGUCCGACUUAAAGCAAAGGUCAAUCCUCAUCACCGGAUGUUCCCAAGGGGGUGCCGGUAACGCACUCGCCUUACAGUUCGCUUCUAAGGGCUUCCGCGUCUUUGCGACCGCCAGGUCGCUGAAGACUUUGGCCAACCUUCAGGAGAAAAAUAUUGAAACACUCACUCUCGAUGUCACGGACGCGAGCAGUAUCACGGCCUUAGCGGCAGAAAUUUCGAGCCGUACAGGAGGUUCCUUGCACAUACUCUUCAACAAUGCGGGCACUCUUUACGAAGCACCCGCCGUCGAGGCAGAUCCCGCCCGCGUGCGUGCACUCUUCAACACGAACGUUUUUGGCCUCAUGGAAGUGACUACUGCCUUCACCCCUCUUCUACUCGCCGGCGUGAGCCCAGGUUUUUCGCCGAUCAUAGUUAAUGUCGCCUCCGUCCUAGCGCGCGUCCCGAAUCCAUUCGCUUCCGCUUACAACGCCAGCAAAGCGGCUGUAGCAUCCUACUCGGACACUCUUCGACUCGAGUUGCAGCCGCUUGGCCUCAAAGUCAAAACCUUGUACAUGGGAGAGGUGUCGACUCCCUUGAUGGCGGCGGAAAAUAUCAAUUUUGGGCCGCAGAGUAUCUACCACGUCGUGGAAGAUUCCGUAAAGGCGCGAACAACCACUCACCUUACAAAGACGAUGGGGCCGGCCCAGUUUGCCCGGGAAGUUGUAGACGAAGUUCUCAGUGGAAAAAAUGCCUCCAUUUGGAAAGACAUAAGUACCUCCAAAGUUCUAGACGUUACGGGAAACCAGGGGUCCUCUGUCGAAAAUGCCUUCCUCAAUCUUCAAGGCUGGUGCAUUCGUGGCAUCACACGAAACCCGUCCUCUCUCGCAGCCCAGCAACGGCCCUCGAAGGAAGUUGAGAUUGUGAAAGCGGAUCUUGAUGACAUCGCUUCCCUCGAGAGUGCAUUCCGCGGCGCCUCUGCUAUAUUUGCAGUCACGGACAUCUAUAACCACUUUUUCAACCCCGCCAACUUCGCCAAGGCACAGGAAGCCGGGAUAUCCGUGAAUGAAUAUGCCUGCAACCUCGAGAUCACACAGGCCAUGAAAAUAGCAAUCGCUGCUAACUUACCUGAUGUCUCCUCUACGCUCACGCACUUCGUUUUUAGCAGUCUUAGCGAUACUAAGCCCUGGUCGAAGGGCAGGUACACUUGGAACUUCCAUUUCGAUGGCAAGGCACGAGUAGUGAAGCGCAUUCGGGAGGAACUGCCGGACCUCGCUGCCAAGCCGAGCACUGUUCAGAGCGAAAUGCCGGAAGUUAAGCUUCCAUGGAUCAUCGCGGAUCGAUAUAUAGGCGUCUACGUGAAGGUAUUGCUGGAGAAUUCUCCACGAAAGAAUGUUCUUGCGUAUAUCCAGACGGCAACAUGGUGUGAAUUUUGGACGCUGUGGGCCGAUGUUCGGAAUGUCAAGAUUGAUAUCAAGGUGGUUGGCCUGGGCGACUUCUUCAAAAUACUGCCGGAAUUCUUUGGAGGGAGUUCCAAGACUCAUUGA